UCCUGUGAGUAACAGGAGCAUCGUGUACUUGUGCGGGGCAGCUGUCGCCGUGUGGUGACACUACUUAGAGGUACUCUCACUACAAUUUUUUUAGCGAAGUAUUUGUUCUUUUAGGAUAAUUUCCAUAGUAACUUUUAACGCGAACAAUGGCUGAGAAGAUGGACAUGGAGCAAGGCAAGGCAGCCAAUGGCGAGGCGCACCUCGAUGAGCAGCUGGCCAACGGCACCAACGGCCCCAAGAAGGGCAGCAAGGAGCCGCUGGCCCAGCGGGUGAAGAGGAUAGUGAUGGCCAACUUGCUGGUGAUCCUCACCGUGGCCGGGGUCAUCAUCGGUGUUUUUAUUGGACUCGCUGUGCGCAACGCGGACCUCACCAGGACCCAGAUCAUCUACGUCGGUUUCCCCGGUGAGCUACUCAUUAGACUGCUGAAAAUGAUCAUCAUCCCCCUGGUAGUGUGCAGUCUGGUGUCCGGGGCUGCCAGCAUCGACCCCAAAGCUCUGGGCAAACUUGGUGGCUGGGCUAUGCUGUUCUUCCUGGUCACCACCUUGAUUGCGUCCUCCAUCGGGGUUGUGAUGGCUUACAUACUGACGCCGGGGUCGGGUUCCAUAUCCAAACCCAAGAUCCAAGGCUUGGAUGACGACGUACCUGCCGCCAAAGAAGUCAUAGACUCCUUCUUAGAUUUGAUCAGGAACAUCUUUCCCUCCAACCUGGUGGCUGCUGCUUUUCAAUCAUAUGCAACCAGCUACAAGCUGGUAACCAGGAAUGGCACAGAUGGAAACCUUAAUAUCACAGUGGAGAAGGUGCCCUUUGGAACCGACCAGGAUGGCAUGAAUAUUCUUGGUCUGGUCGUGUUUGCCAUUGUGUUUGGUAUCGCUUUGAGGAAGCUGGGAGAGGAAGGAGAGAUCCUCAUCAAGUUCUUCAACUCCUUCAACGAGGCCACCAUGGUGCUGGUCUCCUGGAUCAUGUGGUACGCCCCUCUUGGUAUCAUGUUCCUUGUAGCUGGCAAGAUCGUCGAGAUGGAGGAUGUUGGUAAUCUGUUUGCCAGUCUGGGAAAAUAUAUAGCCUGCUGUAUCAUUGGACAUGCCGUCCAUGGCUUUCUCGUACUGCCCGCCAUUUACUUCGUCAUUACAAGGAAGAACCCAUACACCUUCCUCUGGGGGAUAUUCACAGCUUUGGCAACUGCCUUCGGAACAAGCUCCAGCUCGGCCACUCUGCCCCUGAUGAUGAAGUGCGUGGAGGAAAAUAACGGCGUAUCCAAGCACAUCAGCCGUUUCAUCCUGCCCAUCGGAGCGACGGUCAACAUGGACGGAGCUGCUCUCUUCCAGUGUGUGGCUGCUGUUUUCAUUGCUCAGUUGAACAACUUUUCCCUCAACUUCAUCCAAGUUAUUACCAUCCUUGUGACAGCCACAGCGUCCAGUGUUGGAGCAGCAGGUAUACCUGCCGGUGGUGUGUUGACCCUGGCCAUCAUCCUGGAGGCUGUAGGAUUGCCCACCAAUGACAUCUCUCUCAUCCUGGCUGUUGAUUGGCUUGUUGACCGUACCUGCACAGUGCUGAACGUAGAGGGCGAUGCCUUCGGAGCUGGGCUUUUGCAGCACUUUGUGGAUCGUACGUCCAAACGAGACGAGGGAGCAGAGCUGAGCGAGGUCAGGAUGGGAGACCCAACACUUCCAGCCCCUGAGAGCUCACCGCUCAUUGAGAAGCGAGGUGGGAGGGACAGUGCAGACGCUGCUAAGAAGGCUCUUGGUGAAAAGGAGUCCAUCAUGUAAUCCAGCUGCUGACAUUAUCAAUGAAAAAAAUACCUUUUUUAAAAUUGUUUUAUUACGUCACCUUUUUUAUUUUUCCUCUGUGUUCACCUUUGUCAGAUUCCCAUCUUACUAUACAGAAAAAGGAUCAUAUUUGUUAUGAAAUAUAUCAUAAUAUGCUUUUUAUAUGAACAGACGUACGAUUUGUCAUAUGUAAAGCUAAAAGCACAAACACUUGUUCUUUUUAUAGCUGUAGGGGGUUAAGGCUUUUAAUAUUCUUUUAUUGUGGCGAUGACUUUAUCUAUGCCGAUGACUCUCUUGUGUACGAUGCCUUUCUCCUGGUGAGAAGAAGCAAUGAGGUACAAAGGUAAUACUAUCCUUAGUAGCACUCACUGACGUCCUAAAGCUAAAUGAAGGAACUUUUUCUCAAGGAUUCAAAACAUCCACGGACACAGAUGGACCUCCGAGCAUUUCUGCCUCUUCUAAUGGACAUCGGUGCGAUGGCAGACAACGCAACCUCAGGUUUAACUAUGGCUUGAAGACUGUCCUCCAACUACUCCUUAAUAUUCAGAGACCAAAAAUCACAUCGACUCAGCAAACAGGAAGGAGACCGAUGAAAUCCUGAUAGCAUUGAAUGACAUUUCCAAGAAGAUUUUUUUAAAUUACACCCUACAUUUUACUCAUCCUGUUGCUCUCUGUCGGUACACACAUUUUAUCAAGGCACAAAUGGGUUUUAAAGCAGUCUCUAACAAGAAGGACAAUAUGUUUGAUGUUGUAUAAAAGUGUGGUGUGACUUCAUGUGAUGUGUAAGUAACAAAAGUCCUUCCACUACAUGAAUAUAGCAGCAAUUUGACUGUCCGGAGCUAAAAGGACUUGAGUGAACGUAAGCUUGUCUCCACUGAAACCUAUUUAUGUUUUGGCUGUGAUGGCCAUAAAGACGAAAUACUAGAUUUAUGGGCUUUAGGCCGACUUGUACACUAUUUUCGAUGCCUCAGAUGCCCCUGAAUAUCUGUUUAAAGUAAUAUUUAUUUCCCUAAACAAAAUCCAAAGACAUUUUUCGCCCAUGUUUUAUCAUGCUGUUCCAGUUUCAAGUCUUGUAAUAACUGGUCGGUGAUAGUUUUUUUAAAUGAUGUAUUUUUCUUGGAUUAUUUCAAACUUGUGGGUGAGUCUAGUUUGUGUCUGUAAGGUACUUCUGUUGGAAUUUUCUCUGCAGUUUGUCCACAGGCAUUCAGGAAACUUGAAGACUUUGGAGAAUGUGUGGUGUAGCAGUGAUGAGAUGAGUUGUACUAGCCGCACCCUGGAGUGAUAGAAACUGUUUUCUAAUACUACAUGCAUAUAUGAAUCAUACAUGUGUACAACAUAUGCUAUGCACGUAUGAUUACCGGUACUGUUGCACUAUUGAAUGUUUAUCUCUUCCAUCCAUAUCAUCUUGAACUAUUUAAAGCUCUACCAAAUAACUGGGGUGUGUGCUAUUAACAUAUACAAAGAUUCUCCAUACUGGAUCAGCUCAAUGUUAGUGUUGCAGUGUUUCCCAUGAUCAUCUAUGAAAUUGUUACAGGCCCGAGGCCUCGUCACUCGGUACAGUCUUAUGUCACCAGAGUGCUGAAAUGUUAACCAUUGCCUCAAAACAGCUUUUGUGUCUACUUUGUGCUUUUAUGGUGGAAGGUUUAAGAUGUUAUCAUUCCUCUGAGAUCUUUUGCCGUACGGAUGUCUGUCUGGUUCGAACAGAGUAUUUGUGUUGUGUAUAUGGUCAUGUUAGUAAUGACUUUGUUACAGAGGGGUUGUUUCAAAACUUAGUCUGAAUUUACUGUCUUUAGGGUUUUAAUAAUAAAGACUUUUUUUAAAUUA